UCAUAGGUCUAUGGAAAUAAUUUAUAACCAAAUAGGCUAAACUUGUCCUGAAUGACGCAAAUAAAUAUAUUGUACUGGAUUGGAAAGAUACGUUUCGGCGACGCAGUUCUUGGAACGUCAGCGGUGAAUUUGGGGGUGAAAUUAAGUUUCCAACUCUUCAAAUCCGCGUGUCGCUCCAGGGUCGCGAGCUAUGGGAACAGUUUGGAGAUAUCGGAACAGAGAUGCUUUUCACCAAAACAGGAAGGCGCAUGUUUCCAAACUGCGUAGUCACUGUGACGGGGUUAAAUCCUCGGGCAAAGUACAUGCUGAUGAUGGAGAUGGUCGAGUCUGAUGAUAACAAAUACAAGUGGAGCAGGGAUCACUGGGUAGUGAGUGGUAUGACUGAACCCCACCUUUCCAACCACUUCUUCAUCCAACCAAACUCACCUGCCCUGGGAGAGAGGUGGAUGCAGUGCCCAGUCUCUUUCCACAAGCAAACUCACCCGCCCUGGGAGAGAGGUGGAUGCAGUGCCCAGUCUCUUUCCACAAGCAAACUCACCCGCCCUGGGAGAGAGGUGGAUGCAGUGCCCAGUCUCUUUCAACAAGCAAACUCACCCGCCCUGGGAGAGAGGUGGAUGCAGUGCCCAGUCUCUUUCCACAAGCAAACUCACCUGCCCUGGGAGAGAGGUGGAUGCAGUGCCCAGUCUCUUUCCACAAGCAAACUCACCCGCCCUGGGAGAGAGGUGGAUGCAGUGCCCAGUCUCUUUCCACAAGCAAACUCACCCGCCCUGGGAUAGAGGUGGAUGCAGUGCUCAGUCUCUUUCCACAAGCAAACUCACCCGCCCUGGGAUAGAGGUGGAUGCAGUGCCCAGUCUCUUUCCACAAGCAAACUCACCUGCCCUAGGAUAGAGGUGGAUGCAGUGCCCAGUCUCUUUCCACAAGCAAACUCACCCGCCCUGGGAGAGAGGUGGAUGCAGUGCCCAGUCUCUUUCCACAAGCAAACUCACCCGCCCUGGGAGAGAGGUGGAUGCAGUGCCCAGUCUCUUUCCACAAGCAAACUCACCCGCCCUGGGAGAGAGGUGGAUGCAGUGCCCAGUCUCUUUCCACAAGCAAACUCACCUGCCCUGGGAGAGAGGUGGAUGCAGUGCCCAGUCUCUUUCCACAAGCAAACUCACCCGCCCUGGGAGAGAGGUGGAUGCAGUGCCCAGUCUCUUUCCACAAGCAAACUCACCCGCCCUGGGAGAGAGGUGGAUGCAGUGCCAAGUCUCUUUCCACAAGCAAACUCACCAACACCCUCAACUCCAAUAGCCCGGUAAGGCUUGGCACGGAAGACCCUGGCACUAUCUGUGACACUAAAAGUGCCAUGUCACCAUGAUAGUGUUGCAAUAGAUGAUAACCACUGAAUGUUAAGUUUGGUGAUACAAUGAAGUAAUAGAUGCUUUGCUUUCAUAUCAGAUACCUCUGUAAAUAUAUCAGAUACUGCUGCAAAUAUGAGGAUAUCACCAUGUAGGAUGAGAUGGAGUGUAUGUAUUGGCAGGCAUACUUACUAUGGCAGGUUGCCUAGUUUGAAUGCAGUGGGUGAGGUAGGUAAUACAGGUUCUCCGGUUAGGAUAGGGAGAGAAUUGAGGUUCUGUUUUAGAGAGAGUCUGUGCUGCUGUUUAUUUCCUCUAAUCAAACAUAAUCCAUGAUCAUUUCCAUAGGUUUUGUGUUCUAAAAAUACACAGAACAUAUUUUCAUCAGCAUAUUUUACAUCAUAAACAAUAUUACUUGUCACAUUCCAACACAAUCUCAGAGCCAAUAGUCAAAUCCUAAUUAAAACUCUCCAAAGCAUUUUACAAAUAGAUUCAUUUCAAGGUAUAAAUGAGAUCUUUCCAACAUGCAAACAUUCCUAUCAAUAUGUGACAACAACUCAACAUUUGACUUAAUAAUUAAAUAAUCUUUAAAUGCACAUCAAUUGAAACAUGACAAGCAAAGUAAAAUGUAAACAAUAUUGUGGGUUACUUAUAGUUGGCUAAUGUGAUGCACAGAUAAUAGAAAUAAAGGGAUGAUUGUUGGAGAGGUUUGUACUACUGCCUGGCACUGAAACUAAAAGACAAAGGAAUUCAAGUAUUUAGCAAAUUAAAUUAGUUUUAGGUGUGCUCAGAGAAUAGAGAUCUUUAGUACCCAAAAGGCAAUAUUAACAUAGGCAGGGCCAUUGUAGACGGAUACAUUGGGAUCUCUAUACAUCUCUAUGGCUCAGAGGUGCCUGCAAUUAAAUGGACAGUUAGCUAAAAAGUGCAAUUAAAGGAACAGUAAACUAAGUGUGAUUAAAAGACUAUGAAAAAUGAUUGCCUUUUCUACAAUGCUAGCACAGGAGGUUGGUCGCACGUUAAUUGGGGAGAAGGUGCUCAUGGUAAUGGCUGGAGUGGAGUAAGAGGAAUGAUAUCAAAUACAUCAAACACAUGGUUUCCAUGUUUGAUGCCAUUCCAUUUGCUCCGUUCCAGCCAUUAUUAAGAGCCGCUCUCCCCUCAGCAGCCUCCACUGAAUACGAGUAACAGGUAUCAUAUGUUUUGCAGGUGGUUCUCCACUCCAUGCAUAAGUACCAGCCCCGCCACAGCCCUCUGUCAGGGGACUACCUGCGCUUCACCUUCCCUGAGGCAGCCUUCAUCGCUGUCACUGCCUACCAGAACUCAGAGCCUCCCAUGACGUUUGGGCCCAGUCAGUAAAGUCACAGAGAAGACACAGACAGAAAGACCCAACCUUGGAGAUGGAGCUGGACCAAGGCAAGAUGGAUCAGGAGCCAGGCAGGCCCACAUGGAACAGGCAGAUAGAGUUCACCCUGGCUGGGAUCGGCUGUGCUGUGGGGCUGGGGAACAUAUGGCGGUUCCCUUAUCUGUGCUACAGGAGUGGAGGAGGUGCAUUCCUGGUUCCCUACCUGCUGAUGCUGCUGGUGAUGGGAAUUCCUCUGCUCUACAUGGAGCUGAUUCUGGGACAGUACAUGAGAAGAGGGCCUGUUCAUGCCCUGGCUAAAGCCUGCCCGCUGCUCAAAGGAGUGGGCCUGGCGACUGUGGCCAUCUCCUUCAUCAUGUGUACUUACUACAACAUCAUCAUCACAUGGGGUCUGUACUACCUGUUCAGCUCCUUCCAGAGUCCGCUGCCCUGGCAAAGCUGCAACAACACAUGGAACACCCCCAACUGCACCGAUCACAUAAACCCGAACACCAGCUCACACUCCUCCACCGCCAGCCAGCAGUUCUUCAAUUAUAGGAUGCUGGAGAGGACAGGGGGAGUGGAGGAGAGCGGGGUGCUGCGAUGGGAACUCUUUCUCCUGCUCCUUUUGGCCUGGAUCCUCCUCUACUUCUGCAUCUUUAAGGGGGUCAAGUCAACAGGGAAGGUGGUAUACUUCACGGCUCUCUUCCCAUAUGUCAUCCUGUUAGCUCUGUUGAUUAACAAUGUCCAGCUCCCAGGAGCUAUGGAAGGCAUCCGCUUUUUCAUCGUGCCAAACUGGGAGAAACUCCUGGAGUUGGAGGUUUGGGUCAACGCUGCAGCUCAGAUCUUUAACUCCAUUGGGAUAGGCUUUGGCUCCCUCAUGGCCAUGUCCAGCUAUAACAACUUCAACAACAACAUAUUAAAAGACACCCUGGCUAUCUCCAUCACCAACUCCCUGACCAGUAUUCUGGCAGGUUUUGUCAUCUUCUCUGCAUUCGGCUACAUGUCACAUCUCCAGAACAUACCUGUCAGUGAGCUGGCUGUAGAUGGUCCAGGACUGGUUUUUGUUGUUUACCCACAAGCCUUUGCAACGAUGCCAGUGGCUCCGCUGUGGGCAAUUCUGUUCUUCUUCAUGCUCCUGUGCCUUGGGCUGGACAGCCAGUUUGCCAUGGUGGAGGUGAUGGCGACCAGCCUAAUGGAUGGGUUUGGAGGGCCCCUGAUGAAGUUCCUGAGACACAAGGAGAUGCUGGUGCUGGCAGUCUGCAGCACUGCCUUUCUGCUGGGAAUACCCCAUGUCAUGCAGGUGGGGAUCUAUGUAUUCCAGCUGAUGGACCACUACACGGCCAUAGUGUCUCUCAUGUUCCUGGCCUUCUUUGAGGUGCUGGCCAUCUGCGGACUUUAUGGUGUGAGGAGGCUUUCGGCAAACUUAAAGGAGAUGACAGGAAAUAGGCCUAAUAUCUUCUUCAGAGUGUGCUGGAUGUUUGUGGCUCCUCUUCUGAUCACUAUUAUCCUGGUGUUCACAAUCAUCCAGUUUAAACCAGCUCGCUAUGAGGACUACGUGUAUCCCCCGUGGGCUCAGGGGAUUGGCUGGGUCAUCGCUAUGGCAUCCAUCAUCUGGAUCCCACUCGGAGCUCUUCACACACUGUGGGUUCUGCCAGGCUCCUUCACUGAGAGAUUAGUAAAGUCAAUCACCCCCUAUGCACUGGAGAACAAGAGGGGAGGAGACACAUACCCAAACAUAGCAGUCAUCAGCUCCUUAGGUAGAGAAACAGAGAAGCCUCACAUUCAGACAAACCUCUGAUACUGACUCUCCCUACUGAUGGCCUCUGUACCAGCCUGGGAUUCUGGGACUAUGCAAGGCUUGGAGAGCCAGGUGAGGGUUAAUUAAGGAUGUCAACCCUGAUUCACAUUGGCACUGGGAACCACACUGUCUGUGGAUGACGUGACAAAAACCGCCCAACAACAUUCCUAUUGGUGAUGUUUGGGACUUCUGCUCAUGGGGAAGUGGGUUGUUCUUCAUGGAGUGAAGAUAUAUAUAUAUUUUAAACACUGUUAUAGUCAAUUAUGUAAUAACAAAUAGAAGAAUCAGAAUUGGUCAUGAGUGGGUACUGGUACAUGAUGAAUAGACCUUAACCUGUCCAUAUGUUGCACUGUCUGAACUUUGGUAAUAUGUUUUCUAUAUGUAGCCAUGGAUAACCAAAGUACAACGGUGUGAGAACUGUUAGUUAUGGAUGUUGUUGUUUUGCCCUUCAAGCAUGUUAGCUUUCACUUGAGCAGCACCUUGUGGUUAACACAACUGAGGAGGUAUUACAUGUAUUUCUAGAGUACCACAGUGAGUCAUAAUACCCAUAAAAUCUAGCAGUCAAACAGGGAUAUGGUUCAAAUUGUUUUUCCACAGUUAAUUUUUCCAAUAGCGGAUUUUAGAAACACUUAAAAUAAGGGCUGUGUUUUCAUGUAGGCUUACCCUGAUGUGACUUUUUGAUAACUGUGUAAACCUCACUGGGACAUGGUGACUUUUAUCAAUAUAUUCACAUGUAUUAUCCCCCAGUUGGUAGAGCAUGGCGCUUGUAACGCCAGGGUAGUGGGUUCGAUCCCCGGGACCACCCAUACGGAGAAUGUAUGCACACAUAUAAAUGGAUAAAAGCGUCUGCUAAAUGGCAUAUAUAUAUAUAUAUAUAUAAAAUGAAAUGCCUUUUUAGCUAAUGUGGCAAUCAUAAAGAACUAGAAAGAACUAGAAAGAACUCUCGAUUAACUAUCUGUUAGCAUAAUUGUCAUUAAUAAAUUGGAAAAAUGUCUUUAAAUUGACAAGUGUGACAUUGCACAAUACAUGUUAGCAACGGUGUCAGCUAGAGAUGACGUGCAGGAGCUUGCAGGAAUUUGCAUGUCUCUUUUAAUGCUAAUUAGCAUUUUCGAAUCAGAGUAAUAGAGAUGAAUAUAUUGAUAAAAUUCACCUUGUCCGAGAGAGGUUUACAUGGUUAUCAAAACGUCACGUCAGAGUAAUCCUACACAAAACACAGCCCUUAUUUUACGUUUUUCUAAAAUUCCCUGUUGGAAAAAUUAAUGGUGGUAAAAUUAUUGGAACCAUUUCCGGUUUACCGCUAGGUUUUAUGUGUAUUAUGACCCCCCCCCCCCAUGGGGCUAUAUAUUAGUAAAACAUGUACAGUAUGAUGCAGUAGCUAUGGAUCAGCACAGCAGUUAAUAAAAUAAUCUACCAAAUGCAGCAUUUGGAACAUAUUGUUAAAAUAUUCCUUAUGUAAUAUGUUGUUUACAAUAAAAUGCCACAAUAUGUUUGAUUUGGCUGCUGUGGGUCAGGGGGCAAGGAGACCCACAGCUCCGCUAAAACCAUUGACAACUACAUGCUGUUUAAGGGAUUGUUACAUAAAUGUUACGACUAUUUGGUUUUAAUAGUCAGAACUACAAAUUCACCAUUUUCCAUGCAAAACAAUUGUACACAUUUACCUCUGUCAUCAGUUAUACAGCAAGUAACUGCAUGCUUUUCAUGAUCCGUAAACAUCACUGAUCAUGUAAUUUCAGAUACAUGAAGGUGCCUAUCGAUUUGACAUGUAGCUAGCUAAGCAAACAUCAUCAUUACCUUGCAUCAUCAGAGAUUGGGCUUUUGGAAAGACUUUGACAGUCUUGGUAAAUUGUCAGUCGGACUACUGUCAUCACCAAUAUAGAUGGCAAGUAAAUCAAACAUUUGGAUAUAGUCAUCUCGUUUAACCCUUGAAAGUUUGCUUGUUAUCUAGCCAUAUUGACGUGAUCUGUUAUUAGCUAGCUAGCGAAAUUUACGUGGUCCAUCAAUCAAUGUAGCCUAUACCUUUUUUCAAUUUUCCCCAAAAAUGACAUACCCAAAUCCAACUGCAUGUAGCUCCGGACCAGAAGCAAGGAUAUGCCUAUUAUUGAUACCAUUUGAAAGGAAAUACUUAAGUUUGUGGAAAUGUGAAAUUAAUGUCUAGAAUAAUACAUUAGAUCUGGUAAAAGUUAAUACCAAAAAAAACGUGCAUUUUCUAUAAAAAAAAAAUCAUCUUUGAAAUGCAAGAGAAAAGCCAUAUCAUAUAGGCGUUUAGGCACAAUUUAGACUUUGGCCACCAGAUGGCAGCAGUGCAUUGCAAUACUGCACAAUAUUUUGUACCAAGUCUGCCAAAAUGUGCCUAAUUGGUCAAUUGAUAUAUUUAAGUGCAUAACAAUAGAGAACAUACACAACUAUGGUAAUACAAAAUGUACGUUUACACACUCCCAGGAAUGUCAUACAUGACGGAUAAUUAGCUUCCCUACAGAAAAACACUAACACAUCUAGAUGGCCGGGCAGGGUUGGUGUGGAGCCUGACAGUAGGAGAUCAAACUGAAAACUGUUACAUUUUAUCUCUGGGACCCUCAAGAUGACUGAAUGUAAGUACAUUAUUUACCUUCAGAGGUGAAUGUAUCAAACCAGUUGACAUGAGUUUUUUGUUGUUGUGCACUCUCCUCAAACAAUAGCAUGGUAUUUUUUAUUUAUUGUAAUAGCUACUGUAUAGCUACUAUUGGUCAGUGCAGUUCGAUUAACAAGAAUUUAAGCUUUUUGCCCAUAUAAGACAUGUCUAUGUCCUGCAAAGUGUGCUGUAAUUUACAUAAUUCUAGUCACAUUAGCGCACGUUAGCAACACAAAUCCCAUAGAGGUUAAACACUCUUAAAAACGCUGUUGAAAAUGGGAAGUUAUUUUAUUUAACUGGGCAAGUCAGUUAAGAACAAAUUCUUAUUUACAAUGAUGGCCUAGGAACAGUGGGAUAACUGGGAUAACAGAUUUUUACAAUGUCAGCUCGGGGAUUUGAACUAGCUGGCCCAACGCACUAACCAUUAGGCUACCUGUCUCACAAUGUUAUUGUGACGUUUUAUUGAAAACGACCUAUAGGCUAUAUAUUAUGUAUUAUAUCCAUUGCAAUCUGACAAAUGGUCACUUUCCGUGACUCAAUUUAUUGGAAAAGUCAUGAGUAUUUUACAUAACAUUUUAAACAACAUAUGUUUGAAAGGGAAUUAUGCCUGAUUUAAAAUAGUUAUAAUACUUAAAAUAAGUAUUAUAAGAAUAAUCAGUAAACAUUGUAAUUGUAGGCCAUAUAUAAUCAUACUGUACAACUCUGUCAUGUUAUGUAAGGCAAAAUAAAAAGCCAACUGACUCAAGAGCCAAAGGGUGUGCCAAGUUAUGAUCAUCAGUUGAUGGUGCCUAUAUUCUGAGGGGUUUUGUUUACAAACCUGUCU